CGUCGCGUGCGUGCGCGCCCACGUCCAGUUUGGGUAAAAGUAUCUGAGCUUGAAUGAUCACAAUACACUAUAGGAAUUAAUUGCUAUUCCCUCAAUGAAUUUGCUAAGGUAAAUCUAUAUGACGAAAGAGCAUUUGUGUCUUGAGGAAGAUCUGGUAAGAGUACACUCAAAAUGAGCAAGAAACCUCCAAAUCGACCAGGGAUCUCUUAUGAGGUUGGUGCCAGGGUUGAGGCCCAGGACUAUCUGCAAAAAUGGUACCCUUCACGUAUCGAGAAGAUUGAUUAUGAUGAGGGAAAGAUGCUUGUGCAUUUUGACCGUUGGAGCCAUAGGUACGACGAAUGGAUUCUCUGGGACAGCAACAGACUUCGGCCAUUAGAGAGACCGGCACUCCGCAAAGAGGGUCUAAAAGAAGAGGAGGUGUCUGAGAGUUUCAGCGAGAUGAGAGCAUCUCGCCUUCGUGAGCUUCCUGGAAGUACAGAGAGCACAGAGGACCAAAAAGACUUACCUCAGCAGAGACAAGAAUUGAGAGAUGGUGAGGAGGUGCUUGCCCGAUGGACAGAUUGCCGCUACUACCCUGCCAAGAUUGAAAGUAUCAACAAGGAAGGCACUUACACUGUACAGUUUUAUGAUGGAGUCAUUCGCUGUGUGAAAAGAAUCCAUAUCAAGUCCAUGCCAGAAGAUGCAAAAGGACAACAGGACUGGAUCGCUCUGGUGAAGGCUGCCUCAGCUGCAGCCAAGAAUAAAGGAGUGAACAGACCACGUACCAGUGCCAACAGCAACAAGGACCGAGAGGACAGGAGAGAACAACGUUCAGAUGAAGAGCUUGAGGAUGACGAUGACGAUGAUGAUGAUAGUGAAUCAGAGAAACUUGCAGACCUAGACUCAGAAGAGGAGGACAGUAAGCCAGCUAUUGAGGAGGACAAUAAGCCGGCUAUUGAGGAGGACAGUAAGCCAGUUAUUGAGGAGGACAGUAAGCCGGCUAUUGAGGAGGACAGUAAGCCGGCUAUUAAGGAGGACAGUAAGCCGGCUAUUGAGGAGGACAGUAAGCCGGUUGUUGAGGAGCUUGAAUCAGCUACAGCAAAGAGGAGGAGCAAAAGACAAGGCAACUCGUGUAGCAGUAAAAGGACUCGUCUCAGCAAAGGGACAGGAUGUGCUGACACUGAGUCUGAAUGCAAAGCAGAGUCAAAAGAGUUUCCAGUAACAUCACAGCAGAAAGUGUCAGGUGCAGAGGCUAGUCCAGUUGAAGAGAAAUCCCAGUCUGUCAGUGCCCAAAGAACCCCAGCAUCCCUCUCUAGCCCAUCCCUGUGCAAGUCUCGCUCAAGAAGACUUAAACACGACUCGGGAGAGUCCACCUCUAGCAGUCAGAACACAACCGCAGCCCCCGAACCCAGUCCUUCAUCCAUUUCGACACACACCCUUCCAGACAGCACACACACUGCCCCUCCCAACUCCCCCCAGAGAAGGAGACGGUCUCAGCGUCUAGCGACAAGCUCUGACCAGGCUUACCCCUCUUCACCACACAUGAGGGAUUCCUUCAUUCAACCUCCUCCCCCAGAUGGCUCUCAGAAACCUGCACUCUCUUUUGAAGAAGACAGCAGCACUGCAGUUAAAACAGAAGCUUCUUCACAAAAGCCAGUUUCAGGAAGCCCAUCCACAGCUCCUCCCACUGGCAGUGUUCAGUCACCAAUCACUGAGAAGGACAAGAUGACAGACAUGUUGCCCAAUAAUCAAACAACACUUGAAGAGAACUCACCUUCUGUAGUGACAGCUGCAAGUCAGAAAGUUCCUUACAGGACUCCUAAAGCCAACAAACAUGCCAGAGAGCCAAUUAUAAACAGCAAGAAGUCUGAUGACCCCACUGCUCCCAAUGAGUCUCUAAUAGACCUGGACCAUAAUAAAUUCAAAUGUAAAGUCCCUGGAUGCUCUAAAGCAUUCCGGAAAGCAAAGCUGCUGGACUAUCACCUGAAGUACUAUCAUAACACUGAGAAAGAAAUGGAUAGCGAGGUCUGCUCACCAGACAGGGUGGGCCGCACCAGGGCCACAUCUGCUUCCAUGCCUACAAGCACCUUGUCAGAUAUCCCAGAUAACAAGAGACGCAGGACCGUCUCUACUUCUUCCUCUCUAUCCUCUCAGGGCUUCAUGCUUCAAAUGGACAGCGCUGGCUGUGUGAGGCCUCCUAAGUUCUGUAAGAAGAAACGUUCCUCCGCCUCUGUCAGUUCAGACAGUACGGAGGUCUCCCUGCCUCCUCCAACCUUUGAUAACCUCCAUGACAAGAUUCUCAAGAAGGACAAGCACCUAGAUGGGCUUUGUAUAAAGACAGAACGGAAAUUCAAACUGGAGGAUAAAUGUCAAUUGUUUGCGAAAAAGAGGGAUAAAGACAGGAGGGACAGGAAAGAUAAGGACCUUUUCCGAAUUAAACAGAAGAAAAAGAAAAAAAAGAAGAAGAAAUCAAAACUGCACUGUUACGCAGACCUGGAUGAGAUGUCAUUGUCUUACUUGGAAAGACCGUCUUCCCCACUACAUCGUUCUUCUUCUAGUGCCUUCAAGCACAGCACCUUCCAAUACCCUCGUGCCAUACUGUCUGUUGACCUCACCGGGGAGAACCUGUCAGACAUCGACUUCCUGGAAGAUUCAACCACUGAGAGUUUGCUGUUCAGUGGAGAUGAGUAUAACCAGGAUCUAGACUCGAUCACUAUGGAGGACUUCCAGGAUGAGGAUGAAGUUGGUGCAGAUGAAAUUGUUCGCUGCAUCUGUGAGAUGGAUGAAGAAAACGGCUUCAUGAUUCAGUGUGAGGAGUGUAUGUGCUGGCAGCACAGUGUGUGUAUGGGGCUUUUGGAAGAUAGCAUACCCGAUCAAUACAUCUGUUACAUCUGUCGGGACCCACCAGGUCAGAGGUGGAGUGCUAAAUACCGUCAUGAUAAAGACUGGCUCCAAAAGGGCCACAUGUAUGGCCUGUCCUUCCUCUCAGAAAACUACUCGCAUCAGAACGCCAAGAAAAUUGUGUCCACUCACCAGCUGCUGGCUGAUGUUUACAGUGUUAAAAACUUGCUUAAUGGCCUUCAGCUGAAGAUGGAUAUAUUACAGAACAAGCAUAACCCAAGUUUGCACUUGUGGGCUCGGUCUUGGGUGAACUCUGAUGAGGACCAGCCUAUGGGUGGGGUUCCGGACUGCCUACAUUUCAAAGAGCACCUCAACCAGAACUCAAACCCUGAAACUUAUAUUACCAGCGAGCACAGCUACCAGAAACCUCCCGGUACAGGCCUCGAGCACGCAAGGGAUGAACAGGGGAUACAUACAGCCGCUCAGUUUAACCUAAAGGAAGAAGAGGUGAACAGUGCCAUUGCUCUGUCCGGCUGUGUGAAUGAAAGCAGCCUGGGCUCCAUGGAACAGGCCAGGAACUGCCUGCAGUGGCAGAUGAACCUGCUUACACACAUAGAGGACAUUCAGAACCAGCUGUCUGGCCGCAUGGACCUCAUUGAGAAAGAGCUUGAUGUGCUGGAGAGUUGGUUGGACUUCACAGGUGAAUUGGAGCCCCCUGAUCCCCUCGCCAGACUCCCACAACUUAAGUGCCGCAUCAAACAGCUUCUGACGGACCUGGGAAAAGUGCAGCAGAUGAGCACCCUCUGCUCUGUGUGAUGCACACAUUUAUAGUGUGUGUUUUGAGCUAACACCAUAACCGUUUCUUCGCACACAACUCUACUACUGAAGAAGGUGUAUUCAACACUGUUCAGUAGGUGCCCACUCUGUGAAGUAAAUCGUUGGCCAUCUUCAAGUGUAAGAUAAGGAAAAUUCACACUUAAUGUGUGAAACAGGAACAUGUCAGUGUAUUCGUGCUGAGUCUAAACCACAUAUCUGCUUAAAGAUGUUGUUCUCAAAAAUAGGAAGAGAUCACUAUAGCAGAAUAAUUCUUUCACAUGUUAACAGAAGGGAACGUUAUCUUAAAAAAAACUGAAGAGGUCACAACACCACACACAGAUUUAAGUUUUAGCCUUUUUUGCAUCAGUUAGACCCCAAAAGUAAAUUUUAACUAUUUCCACUCUGUGAGGUGAGAUUUCUUAAGGAAAUAUGAACUUGACUUAAGUGGGUCACUGAUAGCAUACUGUUUAAGAGUUCAUUAGCGUUUGAUGUAAAAAAAAAAAAUCAGAUCAUAAAGGUUUUCGCCACUUAAAAAGUCACUUUGAAGUGCCAAGAAAACAGACCACUGUGAUCUGGUUGCUCAGAAACGCACAGUUCACGUUUUUGAAAUUAAUGUUGCAUUUUAGGCCAGGAUUGGGUUUAGCCGUCUGAUACACUGGCACUAAAGGUUCACAAUGCCAACAAAUUCAUUAGAACAACACCUAGAUAGUUUUCUUACAACAACUCGUCUAAUACUUUAGCAUGUUUCUCUGCAGUUUUAAUGGAUGCUGUAGUGAUUCACAAGAAAACAAGCUAAUCGAUACGUGGACGUCCAGAGAUGGGUGACUUUUCUUACUAGGGCCCGUUUAUCAUGUUGAUACUUUGAGAGUAUCUACCGUAAAGUAAGCUAAUCCUGAGAUUGAUGUAAAUGCAUAUAAUUAAAUCCAUUUAGUUCAUUUUUUGUUUUGUUUUUGAAAAAUGUAAAAUACAGUUUUUAUAACUGUAAAGAAAAACAACAAAAAACUAAGGCAUAAAAGGAUGAUACUUGAAAAUGCCUGUUUAAUCUCAAUUUCUAUUAAUCUGUACAAAGAGUGUUUUAGAACUUAGAUUUAAAACUUGAAGUUUCUUUUGAUGAAAAUACCAGCUGUACAUUUAAAGAGUUUAUUUAAAGACCCGAUGUAAUUAUCUGUAUGUACAACUUCAUUAAAAAAAUAUUCUCAA